ACUCACCUGACUCGUUAGUGUGAACCACCUUGAAACCAUUUACUUUUAGUUUUUGGAAGUGUAUUACAUUGUCGAGGAGUUGCAUCAGUUUGGUUGAGGAAUCUUAGCACGAGUUUUUAGCAGUAACAUUGAGUUGUUAUUGAGUAUAAUAUUAAUAAUUUACCAUUAAUUUAAUAAUUACUAUUAAAUAAGUAAUACUAUCUACUAAGUAAAGUUCAAGUAAAUCAAUCAGGAUGAGUCGUCAAUUUCCUUAUUCAAGUGCUCCGCUCCGUUCUGUUAAAGAGGUACAAUUUGGUUUAUUAUCUCCAGAAGAAGUUCGAGCUAUUUCUGUGGCUAAGAUUGAAUAUCCAGAAACAAUGGAUCAAUCAACAAAAAAGCCAAGAGAAGGUGGAUUAAAUGAUCCAAGAUUAGGUUCAAUAGAUCGUAAUUUUAGAUGUCAAACUUGUGGUGAAGAUAUGACUGAAUGUCCUGGACAUUUUGGUCAUAUUGAAUUAGCUAAACCAGUAUUUCAUAUUGGAUUUAUUCCAAAAAUUAAAAAAGUUUGUGAAUCAGUUUGUAUGAGUUGUGGUAAACUUUUAUUAAAUGAAACUAAUCCUGCUAUGGCUCAAGCCAUUAGAAUAAGAGAUCCAAAAAAGAGAUUUAAUGCUGUAUGGAGUCUUUGUAAACAAAAAAAUGUUUGUGAAGCAGAAACAACUACAGAAGAUGGCACUAUUAUAGGUAGAGGAGGAUGUGGUAAUACUCAUCCAACAAUUCGUAGAGAUGGUUUAAAACUUUGGGGAACUUGGAAACAAACUAAAGGAUUUGAAGAAGGUGAACAAGGUGAUAAAAGAAUUUUAACUCCAUCAGAAAUUCUUAAUGUAUUUAAACAUAUAAGUCAAGAAGAUUGUUAUAGAUUAGGGUUUAAUGAAGAUUAUGCUAGACCUGAAUGGAUGUUAAUUACUGUUUUACCAGUUCCACCUCCACCAGUUAGACCAAGUAUUGCCUUUAAUGAUACUGCCAGAGGUGAAGAUGAUUUAACAUUUAAAUUAGCUGAUGUUAUUAAAGCUAAUAUUAAUGUUCAAAGAUUAGAAAUGGAUGGAUCACCUCAACAUGUUAUAAGUGAAUUUGAAUCAUUACUUCAAUUUCAUGUAGCAACUUAUAUGGAUAAUGAUAUAGCUGGUCAACCUCAAGCUUUACAAAAAACUGGUAGACCAAUUAAAUCUAUUAGAGCAAGAUUAAAGGGUAAAGAAGGUAGAUUAAGAGGUAAUCUUAUGGGAAAAAGAGUUGAUUUUUCAGCUCGUACAGUUAUUUCUGGUGAUCCAAAUCUUGAUUUAGAUCAAGUUGGGGUUCCAAUUUCAAUUGCAAGAACUUUAACUUAUCCAGAAAUUGUUACUCCAUAUAAUAUUCAUCGUUUAACUGAAUAUGUUCGUAAUGGACCUAAUGAACAUCCCGGUGCAAAAUAUGUCAUAAGAGAUACAGGUGAUCGAAUUGAUUUAAGAUAUAAUAAAAGAGCUGGGGAUAUUGCCUUACAAUAUGGUUGGAAAGUUGAACGUCAUUUAAUGGAUAAUGAUCCAGUUUUAUUUAAUCGUCAACCUUCUUUACAUAAAAUGUCUAUGAUGGCUCAUAGAGUUAAAGUUAUGCCUUAUUCAACUUUUAGAUUAAAUUUAUCAGUUACUUCACCUUAUAAUGCUGAUUUUGAUGGUGAUGAAAUGAAUUUACAUGUUCCACAAUCUCCUGAAACUAGAGCUGAAUUAUCUGAAAUUUGUGCUGUACCUUUACAAAUUGUUUCUCCUCAAUCUAAUAAACCAGUUAUGGGUAUUGUUCAAGAUACUUUAUGUGGUAUUCGUAAAAUGACUUUAAGAGAUAAUUUUAUUGAAUAUGAUCAAGUUAUGAAUAUGUUAUAUUGGAUUCCAAAUUGGGAUGGAGUUAUUCCACCACCAGUUAUUACUAAACCAAAAUUUUUAUGGAGUGGUAAACAAAUAUUAUCAAUGGCAAUUCCAAAGGGUAUUCAUUUACAAAGAUUUGAUGGAGGUAAAGAUUUAUUAAGUCCAAAAGAUACUGGUAUGUUAAUUGUUGAUGGAGAAAUUAUGUUUGGAGUGGUUGAUAAAAAGACUGUUGGAGCUACUGGAGGAGGAUUAAUUCAUACAGUUAUGAGAGAAAAGGGUCCACAAGUUUGUGCUCAAUUAUUUAGUGCUAUUCAAAAAGUUGUUAAUUAUUGGUUACUUCAUAAUGGAUUUUCUAUUGGUAUUGGUGAUACAAUUGCUGAUAGAAGUACUAUGAAUUAUGUUACAUCAACUAUUCAAGAAGCUAAACAAAAAGUUCAAGAAAUUAUUUUAGAUGCUCAACUGAAUAAAUUGGAUCCUGAACCAGGUAUGACAUUAAGAGAAUCUUUUGAACAUAAUGUUUCAAGAGUUUUAAAUCAAGCAAGAGAUACUGCUGGUAGAUCAGCUGAAAUGAGUUUAAAAGAUUUAAAUAAUGUUAAACAAAUGGUUACUUCAGGUUCAAAAGGUUCAUUUAUUAAUAUUUCUCAAAUGUCUGCUUGUGUUGGUCAACAAAUUGUUGAAGGUAAAAGAAUUCCAUUUGGAUUUGCUGAUCGUACUUUACCUCAUUUUACAAAAGAUGAUUAUUCACCUGAAUCUAAAGGUUUUGUUGAAAAUUCUUAUUUAAGAGGUUUAACUCCACAAGAAUUCUUUUUCCAUGCUAUGGCAGGUAGAGAAGGUCUUAUUGAUACUGCAGUUAAAACUGCCGAAACAGGUUAUAUUCAACGUCGUUUAGUUAAAGCUUUAGAAGAUAUUAUGGUUCAUUAUGAUGGUACAACAAGAAAUUCUUUAGGAGAUAUUAUUCAAUUUAUUUAUGGUGAAGAUGGUAUUGAUGGUACUCAAGUUGAAAAACAAUCAGUUGAUACUAUACCAGGAUCAGAUAAAUCUUUUGAACAACGUUAUCGUAUUGAUCUUUUAGAUCCAGAGACAACACUUUCUGAUUCAUUAUUAGAAUCAGGUAAAGAAAUUAAAGGUGAUGUUAAAUUACAAAGACUCUUGGAUGAAGAAUAUGAUCAAUUAAUUAAAGAUCGUACUUAUUUAAGAGAUGUUUGCUUUCCAAAUGGUGAUUUUAGUUGGCCAUUACCAGUUAAUUUACGUCGUAUUAUUCAAAAUGCUCAACAAAUUUUCCAUAAUGGACGUUAUAAAGCUUCUGAUUUAAGAUUAGAAGAUAUUGUUACUGGUGUACGUAAUUUAUGUUCUAAAUUACUUGUAGUAAGAGGUGAAGGUCCAUUACUGGAUGAAGCUCAAGCUAAUGCUACAUUACUUUUCCAAUGUUUAGUAAGAUCAAGAUUAGCUUCUAGACGUGUUAUUGAAGAAUUUAAAUUAAAUUCUUCAUCAUUUGAAUGGGUUAUGGGAGAAAUUGAAUCUCAAUUUCAAAAAUCCAUUGUUCAUCCGGGUGAAAUGGUUGGUGUGGUUGCUGCUCAAUCUAUUGGGGAACCAGCAACUCAAAUGACUUUAAAUACUUUCCAUUAUGCCGGUGUUUCUUCAAAGAAUGUUACUUUAGGGGUUCCUCGUCUUAAAGAAAUUCUUAAUGUUGCAAAAAAUAUUAAAACUCCUGCUCUUACAGUUUAUUUAGAAAAGGAUAUUGCAUCAGAUAUAGAAAAAGCUAAAGUUGUUCAAUCAGCAAUUGAACAUACAACUUUAAAGAAUGUUACUUCAUCAACUGAAAUUUAUUAUGAUCCAGAUCCAAGAACAACAGUUAUAGAAGAAGAUUAUGAUACAGUUGAAGCUUAUUUUGCAAUUCCUGAUGAAAAAGUUGAAGAAUCUAUUGCUAAUCAAUCUCCAUGGUUACUUCGUUUAGAAUUAGAUCGUGCUAAAAUGCUUGAUAAACAAUUAACUAUGGCUCAAGUUGCUGAAAAGAUUUCUCAAAAUUUUGGAGAAGAUUUAUUUGUUAUUUGGUCAGAUGAUACUGCUGAUAAAUUAAUUAUUCGUUGUAGAGUUGUUCGUGAUCCAAAGAUGGAUGAAGAAGCUGAAUCUGAAGAAGAUCAAAUUUUAAAGAGUAUUGAAUCUCAUAUGUUGGAAAAUAUUUCUUUAAGAGGUAUUGAAGGUAUUACAAGAGUUUUUAUGAUGCAACAUAAAACAAGUACACCUGAUGAAACUGGUGAUUUUAAACAAGGUAAAGAAUGGGUCUUGGAAACUGAUGGGGUUAAUCUUGCAGGUGUUAUGUCAGUAGCUGGAGUCGAUUCAAGUAGAACUUAUUCUAAUAAUUUUAUUGAAAUUCUUUCAGUUCUUGGUAUUGAAGCCACUAGAUCAGCAUUAUUUAAAGAAAUUCUUAAUGUUAUUGCUUUUGAUGGUUCUUAUGUUAAUUAUCGUCAUAUGGCUCUUUUGGUUGAUGUUAUGACUUCUCGUGGUCAUCUUAUGGCCAUUACUCGUCAUGGUAUUAAUAGAUCAGAUACUGGUGCAUUAAUGCGUUGUUCAUUCGAAGAAACAGUUGAAAUUUUACUUGAAGCUGGUGCAUCUGCUGAAUUAGAUGAUUGUAGAGGUAUUUCUGAAAAUGUUAUGUUGGGUCAAAUGGCUCCAUUAGGUACUGGAUCAUUUGAUGUUAUGGUUGAUGAUAAGAUGUUACAAAAUGCUCCUUCAAAUAUUCCAAUUAUUAGUGGAAAUGAAGAAUAUCAAGAUGAUGGUGGUGCUACUCCUUAUAAGGAUUAUAAUAUGGAUGAUGAUAAUGUUCAUUAUGAAGAAGGUGGUGGAUUUUCUCCUAUUCAUACUGCUCAAGUUCAAGAUGGAAUUGGUGGAGGUCUCACUUCUUAUGGUGGUCAACCAACUUCUCCAUCUGCUACUUCUCCAUUUGGUUAUGGUGGUACUUCACCUUCAUUUGGUGGAGCUACAUCUCCAGGUUAUGGUGGAACUUCUCCAAGUUAUUCUCCAACUUCUCCAAGUUAUUCACCUACCUCACCAAGUUAUUCACCAACUUCUCCAUCUUACUCACCAACAUCUCCAAGUUACUCACCUACUUCUCCAUCCUACUCACCAACUUCACCUGCUUAUUCACCAACUUCUCCAUCCUACUCACCUACAUCUCCAAGUUAUUCACCAACUUCCCCUUCAUAUUCACCAACUUCACCAAGUUAUUCUCCUACUUCACCAUCUUAUUCUCCAACUUCUCCACAAUAUUCACCAACAUCUCCAUCUUAUUCACCAACAUCUCCACAAUACUCACCUACUUCUCCUCAGUAUUCUCCUACAUCUCCAUCCUAUUCACCAACUUCUCCACAAUAUAAUCCUCAAGGAGAUGAAACUCCUGAUUACUCUCCAAAAUCACCUAACCAUGAUAAUAAGUAGGAUUAUAAUUGGUGAAGUUUAGCUGGUUAUAACAUAAUAAUAAGUAUAGUUAUAGUUAAAGUAUUAGUAUUAGUUUUAGUUCUAGUUUAUCUGUUUAAACUUGUGUAAAAAUAUUUGUUUAAUGAUACAUCUUUCUGAUUGUUCUUUUAAUACAUUAGUAGUCGCAACGGGCAUCUCUAAAAAAAAAAAUC